CUGUCAUGUGUGCAGCAGUUUGCUAACUUUCUUUCAGUUCUGAAGCAACUGUGUUCUGCUUGAGGAAACCAAAAAGCAUCUCAUAGCCAUUUAUGACGGCUGUAUCUCUCUAGGGCGUAGAAUAUCGACAACAUUAAGAAAUGCUUCAGGCAGUGUGUCUGAGGGGCCUUCUCCUGUUGUUGGUGGGAACACAGGUCUACACUGAGGAGCAAUGUUUAAAAGCAUCAGUAAACACAUGUGGAGACUGCAUCAAGUCCGGGCCCGGCUGCGCCUGGUGUAAAGAUUUGAAUUUCACCAAGACUGGGGAGCAGGAAGCAGCACGUUGUGACACAGCCACUUCGCUUAAAAAUAAAGGAUGUUCAACCACUGGCAUAAUAUAUCCUAAAAACGAUUUUACAAAAAAAUCAGACAAGCCCCUGGGUGCUGGUUUAAAUCCAGUGCAAAUCCAACCACAAGAAGUACAACUUGAUCUUAGACCAGGGUUGCCCCAAACUUUUCAGAUACGUUUUAAAAGGGCAGAAGGCUAUCCAGUAGAUCUCUACUACCUAAUGGAUCUCUCAUACUCCAUGAAAGAUGAUUUGGAGAAUGUGAAACAACUGGGAAAUAAUUUACUUACUGAGCUCACUAAAAUCACUGGCAAUGCCAGGAUAGGCUUUGGUUCGUUUGUUGACAAAACGCUUCUUCCAUACACUGACACCAAUGAAGCAAAGCUCCAACGGCCGUGCUCAGAUAAAAAUGAACCAUGUCAACCAGCAUUUGGCUUUCAGCAUGUGCUUCCACUGACAAAAGAUGGGAACAAGUUCAGAGAAAUGGUAGCCAAGCAGCAUAUAUCCGGAAACCUGGACCCCCCAGAGGGAAGCCUGGAUGCCAUCAUGCAAGUCGCAGUCUGCAUGAACGAUAUUGGUUGGGGAAACAGCACUCGUCUGCUGGUGCUGGCCACUGAUGACGGCUUCCACAUGGCAGGGGAUGGAAAACUUGCUGCUAUUCUGGAACCAAACAAAGAAACCUGUGAGCUGGUCAACAACAAGUAUAGCAAGAGCAACCUCUGGGACUACCCAUCUGUUGGACAAAUUGCUCGCAAGCUUGAGGAGAAAAACAUACAACCCAUUUUUGCAGUCACCAAAAAAAUGGAAACUGUGUACACAGAGCUGAGCAAACUGAUCCCUAAAUCUGCAGUUGGAGUUCUCUCCGAAGACUCGAGCAACGUUGUCAAACUAAUUGUGGAUGCAUACAACAACUUGACCUCUGAAGUGAUCAUGGCUCAUGAAGCUCUCCCAGAUUUCAUAUCUGUGAAAUACACAUCAGACUGUGCAGGUGGAGAAAAACCCAGUGACAGGGGGAAAUGUGAUAAUGUGAACAUUGGUAAGGAGGUGAUUUUUCAUGUGACAGUAACAGUAGACAGAUGCAUUGCCAGUCAGAGCUUCCUCAUCGGGCCAUUGGGCUUUAGUGAAAAACUGAAGGUGAACGUGCGGACUCGAUGCCAGUGUGAAUGUGAUGAUUCCAGUGAACUUCAUCCUCACUGUGGGGGAAAUGGUAAAGUCGUCUGUGGCGGCUGCAGGUGUGAAUCGGGUUUCUUAGGACAGCAUUGUGAGUGCAAACUAGGCCAAAAGGACGAGGCGUCAUUGAAAGCGCAGUGCCGGAAGGACAAUGGGACCGAAUGUGAAGGCAAAGGAGAUUGUCUGUGUGGACGGUGUCAGUGCCAUUCUACAGACGGUGGUGGCAAUUUCUAUGGCGAAUUCUGUGACUGCGAUGAUGAACACUGUGAAAAAUUUGACAAUAAACAGUGUGCAGGUCAUGGCAAGUGCAAAUGUGGUAAAUGUGAGUGUCAUCAGGGCUACGAGGGCACAGCGUGUCACUGCGCAAAAUCCGAUGAGGAUUGCAAGAUCGAUGGAAGUGUUUGUCAUAACCGUGGGAAAUGUGUAUGUAACCAGUGUGAAUGCGAGAGAGGAUACAAGGGACCCUACUGCAAAACGUGUCCUACUUGCCAACGUCCGUGUCAAGAGUCAGGGAAUUGUGUUGAAUGUUUUGCCUUUGGGACCGGUCCAUUUGAGAAGAACUGCUCUGCAGCCUGUAGACAUCUGCAACUUACGACGGUUGAAAAAUUGCUCAAGAGCGACUGUCGAAUUAAAGACAAAGAGGGCUGCUGGAUGUCAUUUACAAUGACGGAACAGCUUGGAUUUGACAAGUACUUUGUCAAUGUUCUCAAAGACAGAGAAUGUCCUGAGGGGCCAAAUAUAGCAGCCAUCGUAGGAGGAUCUCUGGCAGCUGUGGCGUUGAUCGGUCUCCUGAUCCUCCUCAUCGUCAAGGGAGUUCUGUAUGCAAGUGACCUUAGAGAAUGGAAGAGAUUUGAAAAAGACAGAAAACAUGAAAAAACAUCUGGUACCAACCCGUUAUUCCAGAAUGCUACUACCACAGUUCAAAACCCAACAUUUUCUGGAGAUUCGUGAGAAAACUUGUAGGUGCUGAACGCGUGAAGCACAGAGAGGAUGUGUAUUAAUGAAUCUAAGGGUCUGAUGCAUGAUCAUUCAAUAAAAUAAAAUAGCUUUAACUUUCGUUAAUGUUCAGUGAGAUCUUUAGGAACUUUAGAGAGGCAUGAAUGUUUGCAAAUUCUUUGACAUUUAUACAUUGCUUUUGUAUUUUAAAUGUUUAGCGUCAUUAAGUGAUGUUUUAUUAACAAAUUUCGGGAGGAGCAUGCGCAGAUAAUUAACACAGCCACGGGGGAACGCUCUGGGUCCAGGCUAACUGCCGAGCUCGGACCCCUCUCCCCAGACAGCACGCCAAAUACGUAUAACCUUUACUCAGUUUAUUAUAAGUAAGUGUGAACUCGUGAAAUGUAUUUAACAGUUUAACAUUAAAAAGGCUUUUUUAUGUUUUGUGUAAUGUAUAAAGACUGGUCACAAUAGUUUUAUUUUUGUAUACACAAAAAUAUAUACAGAGAAAUCUAAUUUUUUACUUGUUGAGCUUUGAUGACAAUGAAAUUUAGCCAUUUAAUUAGUGCAAACUGUCUCAUAGGGAAGUCGUCUAUAAAUAAAUGCGUCAUUCACAUGUCUGGAGUAAAUUUUUUUGCUGUAAAGAUUUCUGCCUCUGAAGUUGUGCAUUUGUAAAUGUGUUUGUUUUUGCAGCUUUCAGUUUCGAUGUCUGUCCAGAUGCAAAUAUCUGAAAACUGAGAUUAUUAUGUAAUGCCCCUGUGUUGCAUUCCACAGAUUCCUCAUCAUGAAACAUGAGUACUGAACAUAUACAUUGGCUUUCCACAUUAUUAAGAUAAUAGACUUGUAACCUGAACAUUUGCUUAAAGCUUUGCAUUGUAACCUGCCUUUUGGACUUUCAAUAUUCAUAACAUCCGACAUAGGUUAUAGAAUAUGUGUGUUUGAGGGCUCUGUAAAUGUCUUAAAUAUAAAUAAAGUUGGAAUUACAACUGUA